UAAUAACUGUUGCAUUGAUAAAGAUAGGAAUUCGAGCUAAAAAAAUGCGACGGCGACGGGAAAUCGCAGGUAAAUCAACUGAAGCCAUGACUAACCAUGACUGAAGCCAGGAAAACAAAUAUGGCGGAGUACGGAGCUCAUUUGGCUACUAAUUUGGCUCAAAAACCGUCGAUAUUCGAAGUCCUCGCUCAGGAAAACCUCGCCCGAGCACUUAGGAACGCGCUGAGGCACCUAAUCUCCUAUUUUGCUGACCUGCGUAGCGGAAAGCGGCCUCGCAGAUCGUGGCUUAAAGCUCACCGCGACGAACUGGUGACGCUCGCAGACCUCUCUGUCCAGCUUUACCACCUUGCUCGCUACGCGAGCUCCUUUUCCGAGCACUUCUACGGCCUUCGACGGGUAGCUAGCACGACAGGCGACGCUGCACUGAAACGGAGUCACGUUAUAAAGUCCUUGGCGUCCCUCGUCCUGCUUCCGUACGUGCGCGCAAAGCUAGACGCACUCGUCUUCGAUGAGGAGCCUCGGGGAGAGAGCGCAGGCUGGAUAGGCAAGCUACGUCGAGUCUACCCGGCGAUCUCGCUAGCUUGCGAAGCAGCCUCGCUGUCUUUCGCGCUGUUUUACGCGGUCGGCAAGUCGUCCGUGCAUUCGCCCACGCUCUCGCUGUCAUCGGUGCACCUGGAAGUGGCUCCGACCGUACCGGUGUCGCCAGACCCCAACGCGGGUAGGGCAGUGCGCGUGUUGCGCGGAGUCGCCGACGCCUUUUCCGCCUCCCUAGCGACGGCGGCUUUCCUGUUGCACUUCGUAGACUGGUGGAAUUCGCAAAGGAAAGGCAGCCUGGUGGCAGAACCGCCAGUGCCCGCGCCGCCGCUCUCCGACGAGCGGUCGGAACCGAGCGACGGUGCGGCGGCGCCGCAGUCUCUACUGCGGCGCGGUUACUGCCCGCUAUGCCUGAAGGAAAUCGCGGCCCGCGCCGCCGUGCUGACCACGAGCGGCUACGUGUUCUGCUACGACUGCAUCAGGACGCACCUGUCGAGCGGACGCACUGCGUGCCCCGUCACGGGCUACCCGUCGUCGCACGAAAACGUUGUGCUUCUGGUCGGCCAGUAAGCGGAGCACAAGCCCGAAGGACCGGACGUCUGUGAAGUAACGUGAGAGUAGUCUUUUCGGACGUGCGUGGUUGUGACAUUCGACCUCCUGCUGAGGCAAUCACGGCUGCGCCAAGCCGAAACUGCCCGCAACACUGUUUCGAGGAGCGCCCGGGCCAGUUCUAGUGUCUAUAAACGGCUAGGAGUGUGUAAUGCUGCAUUUUAGACUUGCGAAGUUAAGCAUGACACCUGAAUGCAGGUUUGACGUCGACAACAUGGCUCGAGGACAUUGCAGAUGCCUUCCAGUGUCUAGAUUCUGCGCGUAGUCGGCGCCGUCAUUUGAGCCCGGUGUGCAAAGCCUGCACUGCCCGAGCCAACAUUGCUGGAAGUUGCAUGUUCAUCGAAGUGAUGUUGCUAAGUGUGGAUGCGUCGUCACACAAGCGCGCCCUGCAACUGCGUGUGCCUGCAUGUUGAAUACUCUCAUCACUGUAUCGUUGUUAGUUAAUUGCGAACUAUAACACUUACGUCUUUUGUUUUUUUCUGUGUACUGUGUUGCCCCCGCCUAGUGCAGUGUUUUGAGGCACACAUUACCAUUAUGCUACUUCCUUUUAACGUCUUUUCAGCCUUGUAAGAAAAGCAGUCAUGCGAUUGCUAACAGAGAUGUGAUCCACAUUGGUGGCUAUGGCAUUUUGCUGUCGAAUAUGUAGCAGUCUGAUUCCCACUUGUGGCAGAUAACAAAAAUGCCUGUACACCUCAAUUUCGGCACACACUUCAAAGCCACAAGUGAUCAUAAUAAACCCAGAACCCUCAGCUGGAGCUCUGCGAUGCUAAGCCUCAUUAAAGUAGAUGUGGAAGUGGCGUGUUUACAGACACAAGUCAAGUACAGUCUACCCUCAUUACAACAAACCUGCGUACAACAGACUUUUGGAUAUAAUGGACCAUAUUUCAACCUUAGUUUGGUAUACAUAUUUUAUUAAUGCAAUGAAGUUCGCUUUUAACGGACUGUGCUACAACGGACUUUCGGCUGUAAUGGACGAAAUUAGUGGCAAGUGGCAAUUUUUGUCAAAAUCGAGUGUAUAAAAUGGGCUUUUGCCGUGUCGACACGAGCUGACAAUUGACUUGCGAGGGUCACCCGACGAUCGCGGCUCGAUAUCGUGCGCGAGGGAGGGAGAAAAACAGGGCAGAAGCGCGCUGACUUUCGUGCGCGAACCGCGGGUGGAUGGCAAGGGUGAUGGGGGGGGGGGGGGUUUCUCCUUCCAGGGCUGCUGUUACCGGCACGGCCAUGCGGGCAUCGUAUCUUGAAAACGAUCUGCGAUGAGGACAAAGUGCGCCCAGUGCUGGUAGCUUUGCAUGCGCUGUGCUUUAGACGUUUAGUUCGCAUUGAAGCGAGAGAAAGCACAAAGGUCAAUUCGCUCGCUGUCGCUGUUGUUUUGACAGCUACAUUCCGCGGUCACUGAGCGAGAUGUGUUCAUGUUUACCUGUGCGUGUGACAUGAUGCUUGUUAAUUUAGUUAGUAAGCUAAUGUUUACAACUUCAUACGGCCGAUAAAACUACUAUAGUUACUUUGCGUAGCUGUCUACUAAUUUGCUGUUGUAAUUGAUGCUUCGCCUUUGGGGCGAAACUGCGACUUUUUUUCCUUGUUAGUUUUUUUACUUUGGACGUUCGUCACUCACUUUUUUUAGUAACGUUGUUACACAUUGCGACCAAAGCUUCGGAAGUGAGGCGUUUUGGAUAUUACGAACUUCAAGACAGAAUGGACAAUUUUUUUCGGAUUAUCAAGGUUCGUUGUAACGAGAGUCGAUCGUAACAAGUUUGCGAUAGCAACAUUGCCUCGUCAGCAAUGACAUUAGCGCAGAACAUCAAUUUCUUAAUUACCAACAUUAUUGAUAGGCAGACCUCAUUUGAAUAACUGAUUAGUUAGUUUUGUUGAUUGAGUCAUAAUACCUGGGAAAAUAAUAAAACAACGCGUUUUUCAUUGUCAGAA